AUGCCGGCGCGCUGGGCGUCGUCGCAGCGGCCGCUGCUGGUACGAACGGUGUGGGUGGACGGCGCGCGCCACGCCAUCCUCUCCGCAGACGACCCCGCCGCCCACGGGACGCCCGCCGCACGCUGCUGCCGCUCCGCCCCCGGGGGCGGGGGGCGGCGCCUGCUGCGCGUCAGCUUCCUGUUAGGGCCCGAGCCGCCACAGGGACCCGCGCCGCCCCCGCUGCACCCCCACGGCGCCCGGGGCCACCCGCGCCGCCGCUGGCCCCCGGCGUCGCGCCGCCCCCGCUGCUGCGGCCGACCCUUCGUGCCGCUAAGGCCGCCCCCGUCUCCCAGUAGCAGCGACUGCGGGGGCGGCGGCAGCGCGACCGUCAGCGACGACGAGGAGGCGGCGGUGGCGAUCGAGAGUCCGGCGGCGGAGCAGCUGGCCGGCCCUCUGUCGGAGCGCGUGCUGCGCUGGCUGCACCUGGCGGGCCGCGACGCGCCCGCGCCGCCCUCGCCGCCCCAACAGCCGCCGCCGCUGCCUCCACCGCUGCCCGCGUCGCCCCGGCCGCUGAGGACACCGCGCCGCGUGGUGCGCACAGUCAGCCUGGAGGCGUCCCCGCCGUCGCCGCCGCCCCCGCCUUCGCCCCCUUCUUCGCCGCUGCCUUCGCCGCCUCCGUCCCCGGAACCGGAGCAGAAGGCGGGCCAGAGUCGCCCCCAGCUGCACGUGUUCGUGCCCGCGUUGCCGCGGGACUGCGACACCCUCAGCUGCCACAGUGAUUCCUGA